GUUGGGUGACUGAAUUACGCACCCAGUCAAACCGUGACUGGAUUUCCUCCUCGCGCCUCCCCUAGUUUCACCCUAGACUCACCUUUGCCAGGUCAGCUCGCAAUUCCAGAGCCUUCGCCAUCGAACAAAUUGUCCAGACUAAAACCAGCAGCCAGAUAGGCGAGCCGAACUAUAGCAGAAGAAGCGGAACUUGUCACUUACCUAGCCAGAGGAAAGAAGCGUGACUUGAAGUCAAUAUGUUGCUGGGUUACCUUCUCAUUCUGGCCUUGUCGUGCGGGGCGAGGGACAGCGAAGGAGCCCAAGGGCGGCGGCUUCCAGCCAAAUCCGUCGAUAACGAUCGAGUCUUGGAACAAGCUUCUAUCGGCCACUUUAUUCCUGCAUCUGACUCCCCUGAAGAUUUGCAGACUAUCUCGCUUUUCCGAAAUGCUCACUCCCAACGGAAACUGCAGCAGCAGCAGCAGCAGCCACAGCAGCACCAGCCACAGCAACAGCAGGGGCGCCACGUACUUUGUGUGCGGCAGGAGAAAGAGUGUACAGCUGGUAUGUGCAAGGACGGGCAGAUAUGCCAGCCCAUGAACACGUGCAAGGGAUACAUAUGCCUGGCUGACCGGUCGAACUUGUGGGCCAAGAAACCCAGGAAGAAGUACGAUAAGAUUACCAAGAGCCCGGCGCAGGGGACACUGGCUCCGGAGGGUGAGAAGAGGUCGAUCAGUGAGCCGGUGAAGGAGAGAGAUGCGGGAAAGAGGAGCAGUGCAAAAGUCAUAUGGCAGUCUAAGCCCUAGCGACGUUACUCAUGGAAAUGAACAAUAUAUUUAAUUUAUUUCAAUUAUAAAAUCUUGAAAUUUAAUGGUGCUCCUCAAGGUCACCGGUCCAUUGGCGUGAGGAGACUUGCUGGUUCGGAUGUGGAGGUUUAGGAAGU